AUUCGAAACUGUGUUAGUAUAAAUUGAGAUAUUGAAACGAUUGGACGUUCAUUUCGACUAACGGGGAAAACAAUCGACACAAAAAUAAUCCGUCAUGGAACGCUGGCAAAAUAAAGUGGCCGUUGUAACGGGUGCUAGUUCAGGCAUUGGUGCAGCCAUUGUUUUGGAUUUAAUAGAAAAUGGUCUUCAAGUUGUGGGCUUGGCCAGGCGAUUGGAACGUGUCGAGGCUUUGUGCGACCAAUUGUCGCCAGAGAAGCAAGGAAAUUUAACUGCCCUGCCAUGUGAUGUCUCCGAUAUGCAAUCUGUGAAUGAAGCCUUCGAUACAAUUGUUGCCAAAUUUGGUGGCAUAGAUAUUUUGGUCAACAAUGCUGGGUGUUUGAAACAAGGUCAAUUGGUAAAUAUGGACGUUAAGGAGAUCCAACAAAUCCUCCAAACAAAUGUGAUGGGCAUUGUUCAUUGUACCCAACGGGCUUUCAUCUCGAUGAAAGAGCGUAGUUUUCCCGGCCAUGUUGUGCUCAUCAACAGUGUGGCCGGUCAUGGAGUUGUGGCACCUGGCGGAACACCUGACACCAAUAUAUAUUGUCCAUCAAAAUUUGCCGUUACAGCAAUGACCGAAAUUUACCGACAGGAAUUUAAGGGCUUGGAUACCAAAAUUAAAGUGACAAGCAUUAGUCCCGGCGCCGUGGAUACGGAUAUUGUACCCGAGAAUGCAAGGCAACUUAUGGGUGAAAACAUGUUGAAGGCCAAAGAUAUUUCAUCGGGAGUGUUGUAUGCUAUUUCAACACCUCCUCAUGUACAAAUUCAUGAAAUGAUUAUAAAACCACUUGGAGAAUUAUUUUAAAUUUAGUUAAUUGUGAAAAUACAGAGCCCAACUGCGGAGGGUCAUUAACAAUCUUCGUAGUUAGUAAUUAUAAAUUGUAAUUCUUAGAUACACAUUUGAAUUUAUAGAGCCUUGUUAAUGUUACGAACAAUUGUUUGUUAUGUAUGAUGGAUUGUAAAUCUUGUAAUUAACAAACAUCUGAAAUUAACAACAAAGCUUGAUUGCAAUGUAUAGAAACAAA